AUGCUCCAGGCUCCAGGUUCCAGGUUCCAGGUUCCAUGCUCCAGGCUUCAGGCUCCAGGUUCCAUGCUCCAGGCUUCAGGCUUCAGGCUCCAUGCUCCAGGUUCCAGCCUCCAGGUUCCAUGCUCCAGGCUCCAGGCUCCAGGUUCCAUGCUCCAUGCUCCAUGCUCCAUGCUCCAGGCGGGCACGGGCUGGCAGCUGAACGGCGCAGCGGCUCGGCUCUUUACCCAUGUUACGCGGCUGGACACAGCAGCAUCGCAGAGACGACACACAGCUGAGCGCCAUGCCAGCGAGCCGUCACAACGACCGAGGGGUGUGAAGGAGUCGGGACAAAUGGACCCGUCGGAGGAUGAGUCGCUGCUGAAGAACCGUACGGAGCCCGGGCCGGAACCGAGCCAGGAAGCAGCGCGUCCUCCGUGGGUCAUGACGGCGCUGGCCAGCGUGCUGAUCUUCACCACGGUGGUGGACGUCCUGGGAAACCUGCUGGUCAUAGUGGCUGUUCUUAGGAACCGUAAACUACGGAAUGCGGGAAACGUCUUUGUGCUGAGCCUGGCCUUUGCUGACCUGCUGGUUGCCUUCUACCCGUAUCCACUGGUGCUCUAUGCCAUCUUCCACGAUGGCUGGUCACUGGGCGAGACCCAGUGCAAGGUGAGCGGCUUCCUGAUGGGCUUAAGCGUCAUAGGCUCCAUCUUUAACAUAACAGGUAUCGCCAUCAACCGCUACUGUUACAUAUGCCACAGCUUCAGCUACGACAAGCUGUACAGCUAUCGCAAUACGCUCCUGCUGGUGGCGCUUAUCUGGUUGCUCACUGUGGUGGCCAUUGUGCCUAACUUCUUUGUGGGCUCGCUGCAGUAUGAUCCACGCAUCUACUCAUGCACAUUUGCUCAGACAGUCAGCACAUCCUACACCAUCACUGUGGUGAUCAUCCAUUUCUUUGUGCCCAUUGCUGUGGUCACCUUCUGCUACCUGCGCAUCUGGAUCCUGGUCAUCCAGGUGAGGCGCAAGGUAAAGUCGGACAUUUGCCCCCGCAUCAAGCCCAGCGACCUAAGGAAUUUCAUCACAAUGUUUGUUGUGUUUGUACUGUUUGCAAUAUGUUGGGCACCACUCAACUUUAUUGGGCUCGCUGUUGCUCUCAACCCUAAAGAGGUGGUGACUCGCAUUCCUGAGUGGCUAUUUGUGGUCAGUUACUUCAUGGCUUACUUUAACAGUUGCCUUAAUGCCAUCAUCUAUGGCCUGCUGAACCAGAACUUCCGCAGGGAGUACAAGCGGAUUGUGAUGUCUGUGUGGAUGCCACAUCUGUUCUUCCAAGAGACGUCCCGUGGGGGGACGGAGGCCAUGAAGAGUAAACCCUCACCUGGACUGAAUAACAAUGAGCAAGUAAAAGGAGAGAGUCUGUGAUGCUCUGUUGUUUUUCUUCACCUUCUGUACGUAGACCUAGACUGACAGUAGUCAGUCAAAGAAAGUAGAGCUGUGGAGUGUUACUAAGGCUCACCAACUUUGGUUUAUUUACAUAUACAUAAUGUUUUCAUGACCCUAUAAAGCCCAAACCAUUAGUCUUAAUUGGUCAAUACCAACAACUAACAAUAAUUCAAAAUAGUUUCAGUUAGUAUUCAAUUCAAUUUGUAUCAAAUGUGAUACAUCGGGUCACAUUGCUAAAAAGUGUAAACUGGAAAUCUACUUGAUUAAUUAUUUGCUGCCCCUGGUGUAAUAUUUGUGCAUUGCAAGCAUCUGAUCUUACGCUGAUGCUACAGAAGGCUCCAAAUCUCCUGUAGCAUAUAUGAUACGUUUGGCAUCUUGGGGUUAAACUGACUUUACAUAGAUUCUAUGUUUGUCUGCUAUCUGCACACAGCAUCUGAUAGGGACUCCUGGGUCAGGUUCACAGGCGGAAGGCGUCAGAAUGAACACCACAAAAAUACCUCACAAGCAGAACAUACAACUAAGUCCAUACAACCAAGUCUAUACGACUGAGUCUAUAAGACUGAACUCGGAACUAUGUGAUAACAUGUCUAUGCUUAACAUCUAUGCUUAAUUCUUAGAUGUGUUGCCAUAGGAACAAAUAAAUUCAGUUGUGUGGUAUUGCAAUAAUAUAAUAAGAUCUCUCACCAGACUGACAUCUUGACUCAAACAAAUCAAAGGCUGUUGUAAACCUGCUGUUGUCAUCUGACCUGACCUUGUUGCAGGGAAUUAUGUCAGCCACUUGAUGUUGCCGAAUUGAUCUACUUGACCCUAGGCUUGACUUCAGUAGUGUCAGUGGCCUGACUAAACUAAACGCCUGACUGAAAGCCAGACCCACUACUGUAGGUUCUAGACUUGACUUCACCUAGGCUUAACUGAACUAAAACAAGAGGGAGCAGGACCCAAAUGCAUGACUCAUCAGAUAACACAAGAUAUAGAUUUUUUAUUUCAACAGAUUAAUUCCAAGAUAGAAAUACUAACUAAGAAUGCAAGGAGCUAUCAACAUAUAUAAACUACAGGGCGGACAAAAAUUACUACACGCUUUAGAACUAAAAGAAUCACUGCUAAACACAGGAGAACUCAAUGAUUAAGAAACAAUUCAGGUAAUAGGGCGACUGUCAUUCACUGCACAGCAGGACAGCAUACAACACAAUGGCAAACUAGGAAACGCAAAUAACUAGAUACUAACUCUAACUAAAGCACAG